CACAUCUGAAAGCCUCCCAGGUGCCAGUCGCAUGUUCAGCUUGACCUGCAGCCAUCGACAGCCACUCCCGCGCGAUUCCUCGGUGUAGGACCUGGAGCAGAUAAGACAGCACUGCGACCAAUCACACGCGAGCAGGUAGCAUUUACUCACGCGAACACUCCCCUCAUGUACCGGCCUGCGUGAGCGUUGCUUGUCGCGCGAGAUAUCCCGGGCUAGCCAUGUUGACAGCGACUCUCGCACUGAACCACGACCGCCAGUGCGACAGACAGUACUCGCCCGUCGCUGAUUAAUGUCGCGCUGAGAGCGCUCUGUCAUCCGUCAUAGCGCGCCCGCCAUCGGAAACCCCACAGUCUGUGGACAACGACGAUCCGCAGGGCCGCUGGACAUGGAGGCCGCCGGGGCAGAUGCGCAUGCGAGCACGCCGACAAACACGACAAACACGACAAACACGACAAACACGACAAAUGUGACAAAUGUGACAAACACGACAAACACGACGAACACGACGCAGCCGCAGCCACCAAAGAAGGGCCGGCGAGGGAAGAAGAACGCCGAGGAGGACGAGGCCAGCAAGAAGCGGCGCUGCAUCUCCAGCGCAUGCGUGCCCUGCAGGAAGAGGAAGAGCAAGUGUGACGGCACCACGCCUGCCUGCUCUGCCUGCGCCGCCGUCUACAACACCGAGUGCAUCUACGACCCCAACUCGGACCACCGCCGCAAGGGCGUCUACAAGAAGGACAUCGACAACCUCAAGACACGCAACUCGACCCUGCAGACCCUGAUACAGGCUAUUCUCAACUACCCCGAGGAAGAUGUCGCUGGGCUCGUGCAGCAGAUACGGACGUGCGAGAGCCUGGACUCGGUGGCCGAGGCUAUCAUAGCAAAGGAGAAUGGCGAGGAAGAGGAAGAUGAGCCCGUCAGCCCCUUCUCUACGCCUGCUGUUACGCCUGUCAAGCCGACGUUCGAGAGCCAGCUCAGCGGGAGGAUGGGCGAGCUGAGGCUCGAGGAUGGGUCGACGAGGUAUAUCGGGGGCACCUCGCACCUGAUAUAUCUGGGCCAGCACAACGAGGCGGCAGAUUCGCCGGAUCCGUAUGCACAGGAGCAGUACCAGCAGGUCGAGGACCCGUACUGUACGUGGACGACGGUCACGUCCGAUCCGGAGCUCGUGCAGCACCUCAUCAGCAUGUACUUCUGCUGGCACUACAGCUUCUUCACCACCCUGUCCAAGAACGCGUUUCUGCACGAGUUCCAGGCGGGCAAGCCGCCGCCUGGCUCGGGCAGGAAGAUGCAGUACUGCACGCCGUUGCUGGUCAACGCUAUGCUGGCGCUGGGCUGCCACUUCACUUCUCUGCCCGGUGCACGAGCUGUGCGAGACGAUUCUGCGACUGCGGGCGACCACUUCUUCCGCGAGGCCAAACGCCUAAUCAUGGAGGAAGACCUGCAUGAAGUCCCUGCGUUACCAACCGUCCAGGCGCUUGCGCUGAUGUCUGUACGCGAGGCUGGUUGUGGGCGAGAGGCAAAGGGAUGGGUGUACAGCGGCAUGUCCUUCCGCAUGGCCUGUGACCUCGGUCUCAACCUCGGCAUGCACAGCAAAGACGCCAUCGACGAGACGGAAGAAGAUGCGCGGCGCAUCACCUUCUGGGGCUGCUUCUUGUUCGACAAGUGCUGGAGCAACUACCUCGGUCGCAUGCCGCAGCUGGCGAACAACAUCAUCACAGUGCCCAAGUUCGACGUCUUUCCUGUCGAAGACGCAGAGACGUGGAGUGCGUAUACGGACUCAGGUAUCAGUCAGGCGCAUUCGCAGCCUUCGCGGACGAGGGCUGUUGCGCUGCAGAUCUCGAAGCUGUGCGAGAUUUCGAGUGAUCUGAUGCAGUUCUUCUACAAUCCCAUCGACAUGGAUAAGGCGAAGGGGAAACAGGCGGAGCUGAAGAAGCUGAGUGAGAUACAUGUGCGUUUGGAGACGUGGAGAAGAGAGUUACCGAAGGAGCUGGAACCGAAAGAGGGUGGUCUGCCGCAUAUGCUUGUCAUGCACAUGUUCUUCCAGCUCCUCUACAUCCACCUCUUCCGGCCCUUCCUCAAGUACAACCCCGACAACUCGCCCCUCCCGCCCAAUGUCUCGCCUCGGAAACAAUGCACACAAGCCGCAGCCAUGAUCUCUAAGCUUCUCCGCCUGUACAAGCGCUCACACGGGCUUCGCCAAGUAUGCAACAUUUGCGUCUACAUCGCGCACUCAGCAUGCACCAUUCACCUACUCAACCUCCCCGAGAAGAACGCCAAACGCGACAUCAUCCACGGCAUCAAGCACCUCGAAGAGAUAGCUGAAGGCUGGCUCUGCGCACGGCGGACCUUGGGCAUCCUUAGCGUCCUGGUCAAGCGAUGGAAAGUCGAUCUCCCCGAAGAAGCCGCGGCCGUCCUUGCACGAACAGACGAGAAGUUUGGGCCCUGGAACGAAGUCAGCACGCCCAAAGCAGUACGCGCCGAGCCGGUCAUGAUCACAGAAGGCCAGCAACCCACAAGCCCAACACAAAAGUUCUCUCCCAGCCUGCAACCCUACAGCAUGAGCAUCGCAGACGUCGCAACCCCCAACUUCCCCCCAGCAUCAACAAGCAGCACCGCUGCAGCCGCAUACGUAAGCCACCCCCAAACCACAACACCAUACUCCGCACAACCCAACACAUCCUUCACACGCGACCCCUCCUCCAUGCCCCCAACCGACCUGACUCACACUCGCCUCCAGCGCCACCCCUCGGACCCGCUCAACCACACCACACCGAACCACGCACACACCCCCGUGACCCCCGCGUCAACGCAAGCCCGGCAGUCUCUCGACGGCAUGAGCUCCGCUGGCGCGUCACCGUCUCGGCUCUUCGGCGGCGUCGACCAACUGAUCCGCGAAGGGCAAGACUGGAUUUUCAGAGACCAGACGCAGCUCGCCAGCGGUUUCGAUAAUUGGAGUAACCAAGAGUUCGGCGAUAUCGCGAGUUGGUUUGCGAGUACGGGGGCGAGUUCGGGGACUGCGGCGUUUGCCCAGCCUGCGAGUCAGAGUAUGAAUGGGGGCCCUGUGGGGGCAGUGACGAAUGGGGGUGUGACGAGUGGGUAUAACGUCAGUGGUGUGCCGUUGAGUGGUGGGAUGAAUGCGAGCGCGAAUGCGAAUGGGGGGAUGAAUGGGAUGCAGGGGUUUACGUAUGAUGAGCGGAGUUGGUACGAUUACCACUGAGUUCCUCAUCCACCCACCACCCUGCGUAUUGUAUGUGUCUUGUUCAUGAAAAGGAAAGGGAUAUACCAAUCUUGGCCGGCGUUUGGCGCGUUGAAUGGGAGCAUGGGUCUAGGAGUUUUUUUUUUCAGUAAUUGUUUGUUUAUCAAUCCAACAUUCC